AUGGCUCUGCCUUACUCUGAGCACCCACCGCGAUUCGUGGUCAGAAGAAAGCGAAAACGACAAACUUAUAUCGAUCCUUGCCUUGGCUUCGAUGUCGGACUUCUCCCCAAUGAUCCCAAUGCUGCGGACGAAACGCUAAUGCUUGCUCCGAAUCACGACGAUAUACCGAAAGAAACUGCAGAGCUAAAAAGUAAUCCACCUGAGCUACCGACGAUCGAGACUCUGGAGGAUUCGGUGGGUGAUUCAGAAGACACUGUGGAGAGUCCCAAGCAGCCCACAGAAAUCAGUGUGGAUUCAUUCCUCCGCUCUCGCAACAAGUCGAUACCCAAACCUUAUCCUACGUUUAAACUGAAAGUCAAACAACUGACGACAACUAGCGAUGACUUCCAACCGCCGCCGCCUCCCAAACACACCACACGACGACGACAACUUCGCAUUUGUUCUCCUCCAUCAGAACCCGUCGAUCAGCUAUUCAGUGAUAGCGAGAACGACAGUGUUAUUCGCAAGAAGCCGCGAGUCAUAUUCAAUCGUCAGAAAAAAGUCUCUUUCGCACAACGUCUCUUACAGGCUGCCGUUGUCUCAGAGGUUGAUCCAAUUGAUGUCUUGUUGCCCGAGGCUGACGGUGUUGAACUCCGGAAUUCUCUUUCUUUCAUUACGGAAAAGUAUCCGAAUCAAGUUGAAACUCAAGCCCCGUAUCGGUCUAAACGUCGCAGAUGGUCCUUGAUUGAUCCCCGAAAAAGAGAUAGUGGGCAGAGGAGGUUUUGCUCUUUUUCAUCACGUACCAACGGUGGUGAGACGAAACCUCUUACCCGGUGGUUGACAGAAAUCAGCACUACCUCAAAUGGCGAUGAGGACUGUCGUUCGGUGAGCAAGAAGACUGAGGUUGAGACCGCGAAGGUGUUGCAGAGAGUGGGGAAGAAGAGGAAAAAGAAUUCUACAGUAGAUCUUCGUCAGCCUCAAACUCAGACUCCAUUGUCGUUUGUACCGCUUCAAGAAGCCGAAAGCAGGUUGAUGGAUAGGAAGAAACGGAAGGACCAAUUGAUAUCGAAAGAUGGGGUUUCGAGCGGAAAACGAAACACUCUUGAUCUGACUAUGGUACCAACCCUUUCAAAGCCAACUCCAUCAUCCCCUCUCAGCGACGCUGCGACGCAUUCAGAUUCUUCUCAUACUCGUCAUAUUAUUCAAUCGCUUCUCCAACCUGCUUGUCCUCAAAGUCCCACUGCUGCUACCGAUUCUGCUCCUCCUGUUUCUCCUGCUCAUGACCAUGAAAACGAACACACCCAACAGAAUUCUAUCCCUGCUCAUGCUCCCGCUGCUCUACUUACGCCUGUCGUUCUGUCUAUCGCACCACCGUUUUUACCUCCCGUCGCGGCAACGAUUCUGGGGAUCAAUCGUUCAUCCACCGGGCUUGACAGUAACAGAAGCAUGCAAAUUCAAGGCUCGUUAUCUGCUAUACCUCUCCCACCAAGCACACUAUCUUCACCGUCACCUGAAACACAAAUGCCUCUGCCUCGCUUCCUACCUCACAGACCUCUUUCCUCGUACUUUGACGAAUUCUUCAAGACAGCUAAGGACGUCAAUCACAACCAAGAUACAGAACCGGUAAGAACACGACGCCGAGGACGUCAGCAGCCAACUGUAACAACCUCAUCGCGAAGUGGUCUUACGACGAAAUCUACCGAACCCAUGUUCGACAACUCUGAACUUGUUCCAAGGAUAGAACCAGAACCAGAACCAGACAUGGACGUGCUGGAGACUAUCAUAUCACGGUCUUCUUCACAGUAUGAGGUCAUUUUGUCUGGCUCGCCCCUGCCUCUACCCGAGCGAAGGCCAAACACGGCUGUGAGGAGAUCGAUGGCUGGGUUGAGGGCGUUUUAUGAUGUAUGA